AUGAUCACCUCCGAAUCUGCCCCCAAAGAGCAACCGGUCACCGCAGACCUCUGCGACUGGGUCACAUCCCUACGAGCCUCUGAUAUCCCCACCCAUGUGCUCCAACGCGCCAAGCACCUCAUCCUCGACGGCAUAGCCUGCGGACUAGUUGGCGCGCACGUCCCGUGGUCGGAGAAGUGUAUCGAUGCCAUCGACGACUACGAGCCUGCCGGCUACUGCAGUGUGCUGGACACCAACAAGAAAUACGGACCCCUCGCCGCCGCAAUUCUCAACGGGGCAUUCAUCCAAGCAGUCGAACUAGAUGACUAUCACAGCGCCGCUCCCCUGCACUCCGCCAGCGUCAUCCUCCCAGCCCUCUUCGCCGCAGCCGAGGUCCGAUCGCACGGAAGCCAAAAGCAACCCCGACGAGCCGUCACCGGCCUGGAACUCCUCAUCGCAGCAGUUGUAGGCUUCGAAACCGGGCCCCGCGCUGGCGCCGCGAUGUACGGGGCCGAACUACUCUCACGCGGCUGGCACUCGGGCCCAAUCUUCGGCUGCCCCGCCGCCGCCGCCGCCGCCUCCAAACUCCUAAACCUCGACAGCGAAGCCACCGAGUCAGCCAUCGGCAUCGCAUGCACGCAGGCCGGUGGACUGAUGGCAGCACAGUACGAGGGGAUGAUCAAGCGGGUGCAGCAUGCGUUCGCGGCGCGCAACGGGCUGUUCGGGGCGCUGCUGGCGCGCAACGGCUACCUGGGCAUCCGGAAGGUGUUCGAGCGGCCCUACGGCGGGUUUCUGGCCAUGUUCAGCCGGGGCAACGGACGCGAGCCGCCUUACCAGCCUGAAGAGGUGACCGCGGGGCUGGGGCGGGUCUGGCAGACCACCAACAUUCGGGUCAAGUUGCAUGCCUGUGUUGGGGGUUGUCACGGGCAGGUCGAGGCGUUGGAGCGGCUGCAGGAGAUAUACCCGGAUAGGUUCACCCAGGCGAACUUGCAGAAUAUCCAGAGUAUCCGGGUAGCGCUGUCGGAGCCGGUCUUCGCGCAUGAUGGCUGGGUGCCCGCUGAGCGGCCGCUCACGGCCACAGGAGCCCAGAUGAACGCGGCGUACAUCGGGGCGGCGCAGCUGGUGUACGGACAGGUGCUGCUGGAGCAGUUCGACGCGGCUGCGUUGGACGAUGAUCGCGUCUGGGAGUUGAUUCGCAAGACGACUUGCGUCCGAGACGAAGAGUUUGACCAGCCUAACCAUCUCUGCGGAGCAAGGGUAACUGUGAAAUUCGCAGACGGGGUGACGGUGGAGGAGACCGUGGCCAUGCCCCGCGGGUUUGACCCGCCGAUCACUGACGAGGAGAUUCGCGAGAAAUGGCGCAGGCUGGCGCGGACGGUGGGCGAUGAUGCUCGCAUGCAACGGCUGGAGGGGGCUGUGCUUUCUUUGGAGGAUUUGAAGGAUGUUUCUGAGCUCUUCGCCCUGAUUCGGGGAUGA